ACUGCACCAUGCAGGAAGCGCCAGCUGCGCUGCCCACGGAGCCAGGCCCCAGCCCCGUGCCUGCCUUCCUCGGCAAGCUAUGGGCGCUGGUGGGGGACCCAGGCACAGACCACCUGAUCCGCUGGAGCCCGAGCGGGACCAGUUUCCUCGUAAGCGACCAGAGCCGUUUCGCCAAGGAAGUGCUGCCCCAGUAUUUCAAGCAUAGCAACAUGGCGAGCUUCGUGCGCCAACUCAACAUGUACGGUUUUCGGAAGGUGGUGAGCAUCGAGCAGGGCGGCCUGCUUAGGCCGGAGCGCGACCACGUCGAGUUCCAGCACCCGAGCUUCGUGCGCGGCCGCGAGCAGCUACUGGAGCGCGUGCGGCGCAAGGUGCCCGCGCUGCGCGGCGACGACGGCCGCUGGCGCCCGGAGGACCUGGGUCGACUACUGGGCGAGGUGCAGGCUUUGCGGGGAGUGCAGGAGAGCACCGAGGCGCGGCUGCGGGAGCUCAGGCAGCAGAACGAGAUCUUGUGGCGGGAGGUGGUGACACUUCGGCAGAGCCACGGUCAGCAGCACCGGGUCAUUGGCAAGCUGAUCCAGUGUCUCUUUGGGCCACUUCAGGCAGGGCCGAGCAAUGCAGGAGGCAAGAGAAAGCUGUCCCUGAUGCUGGAUGAGGGGAGCUCAUGCCCAACACCUGCCAAGUUCAACACCUGCCCUCUACCUGGUGCCCUUCUGCAGGACCCCUACUUCAUCCAGUCGCCUCUCCCAGAGACAACUUUGGGCCUUAGCCCUCACAGGGCCAGGGGCCCCAUCAUCUCUGACAUCCCAGAAGACUCUCCAUCCCCUGAGGGGACCAGGCUUUCUCCCUCCAGUGAUGGCAGGAGGGAGAAGGGCCUGGCACUGCUCAAAGAAGAGCCGGCCAGUCCAGGGGGGGAUGGCGAGGCCGGGCUGGCCCUGGCCCCAAACGAGUGUGACUUCUGCGUGACAGCCCCCCCGCCACUGCCUGUGGCUGUGGUGCAGGCCAUCCUGGAAGGGAAAGGGAGCUUCAGCCCCGAGGGGCCCAGGAAUGCCCAACAGCCUGAACCAGGGGAUCCCAGGGAGAUACCUGACAGGGGGCCUCUGGGCCUGGAAAGCGGGGACAGGAGCCCAGAGAGUCUGCUGCCUCCGAUGCUGCUUCAGCCCCCUCAAGAAAGUGUGGAACCUGCAGGGCCUCUAGAUGUGCUGGGCCCCAGUCUCCAAGGGCGAGAAUGGACCCUGAUGGACUUGGACAUGGAGCUGUCCUUGAUGCAGCCCUUGGUUCCAGAGCGGGGUGAGCCUGAGCUGGCGGUCAAGGGGUUAAAUUCUCCAAGCCCAGGGAAGGACCCCACGCUCGGGGCCCCACUCCUGCUGGAUGUCCAGGCGGCCUUGGGAGGUCCAGCCCUGGGCCUGCCUGGGGCUUUAACCAUUUAUAGCACUCCUGAGAGCCGGACCGCCUCCUACUUGGGCCCGGAAGCCAGUCCCUCCCCCUAAGACCCCGCGCCUCUGAAGGGGCUUGGAACCAGUCCGCCGCUGCACAUCCUUCUUGGCUUCCUGGCGCCCCCUAUCGGGGGUGAGCGAAGCCCCCACUACUGAAUGGCCUCUCUCCACUACCCCGACUAUCCCUGCACAUAAACUCCGUGUUUUUUUUUUU